AUAAUGCACUCAAGCGAUUGAGGGAGAGGAAGACAGGCAGAGCUGGACAACUUGACUAUUUUUAAACGAGACAGUAUCCCUCCGUGCUGUGCGCUUGUGUGGUUACAAACAGGAGCCUACUAACAUGGGAUUCUGAAUUGCCUGUCAACUAAAAAUCUAUUCGGAAAAUAAGGACAUUACCGAGGAUUAUUACAGCAAAUAACGGUUCAACUCAACUGCCUGGUUUGAUAUUUUAAUAUGCGUGCUACCAGUGGUAUAUUAUAGACUCAUUGUUUAACAUAUCGUGCUUUAAAAAAAUCGACUGGAUUUGGAACUGUAACAACAAGCACAUUUUUAUUCCCCUUUGUAAUUCGCAUACUGUUCACAGGAAAAACGUUUUGCGGAGUUUGACCAUAGGAGAUAACUUUAAUCAGUAUUAAAGUUAUCUCGCCAACUUGGAACUCACGGAUAUGCUACAAUGCUUUCAUCAGAUGUGACUGUGGGGAAAUUUACACGUUGGGCACCAGUUUUUUUCCUCCAAGUAAUUUUUCUCAUGGGAUGAAAUAUUUAACUUUUAUUUUCUGUUUUAAUACGUUAAGUAUUUCGUGAUACAUACACUUUCCUGAUAUCACCAUGGAUGUUUUUAAUUUGAGGAUUGCCAUUUUACUGUGGUGCCAACUUGUUAUUGUUGCAUCCAGCUUGGAGAUCGGAGCCUAUGAUCUAGAGAGAGGCAGACAUGCAAAAUGCGAACCCAUCACCAUCCCCAUGUGCCAGGGCAUUGGCUACAAUAUGACAAGAAUGCCCAACUUCAUGAAAUAUGCAAGCCAAGCAGAGGCCAGCAUCAAACUGAAUGAGUUUUCUCCUCUUGUGGAAUAUGGCUGUGACAUUCACCUGCGCUUUUUCCUCUGCUCCCUCUACGUCCCCAUGUGCACUGACAAAGUGUCCACCACCAUUCCUGCCUGCCGACCAAUGUGUGAGCAGGCCAGGCAAAAGUGCUCUCCCAUCAUGGAGAAGUUCAGCUUCGGCUGGCCUGACUCACUGGACUGCUCCAAGCUUCCCACUAAAAAUGACCCCAACUCCCUGUGCAUGGAGGCGCCUGAGAAUGACACAAAGCAGGAGACUAAGAAGGGGGAGGGCAUGCUCCCGGUGCCCCCCAGACCCAGGCAGCCCAGCUCAGGUACCAGCGGGCGCUCUGGCACCAGCCUGGGCUCCUGCGAGAACCCGGAGAAGUUCCAGUACGUGGAGAAGAGCCAGUCGUGCGCCCCACGCUGCUCUUCUGCAGUAGACGUGUUCUGGUCAAAGAAGGACAAGGACUUUGCCUUCAUCUGGAUGGCGGUGUGGUCCACACUCUGCUUUGUCUCCACCGCCUUCACCGUCCUCACCUUCUUGCUGGACCCGCAGCGCUUCCAGUACCCAGAGCGGCCCAUCAUCUUCCUCUCCAUGUGCUACAAUGUCUACUCGGUGGCCUUCGUCAUCCGCUCGGUGGCCGGGGCCGAGAACAUCGCCUGUGACCGGGAGAAUGGCGAGCUCUACAUCAUCCAGGAGGGGCUGGAGUCCACGGGCUGCACCAUCGUAUUCCUCAUCCUUUACUACUUUGGUAUGGCCUCAUCCAUCUGGUGGGUCAUCCUCACCCUCACCUGGUUCCUGGCUGCUGGUAAGAAGUGGGGCCACGAGGCCAUCGAGGCCCACAGCAGCUACUUCCACAUGGCUGCCUGGGGCAUCCCAGCCAUGAAGACCAUAGUCAUCCUCACCAUGAGGAAGGUGGCCGGGGACGAGCUGACGGGGUUGUGCUACGUAGGCAGCAUGGAUGUCAACGCCCUGACUGGCUUCGUGCUCAUCCCUCUGUCCUGCUACCUGGUCAUUGGCACCUCCUUCAUCCUCACGGGCUUCGUAGCGCUCUUCCACAUCCGCAAGAUAAUGAAGACAGGCGGCACUAACACGGAGAAGCUGGAGAAGCUGAUGGUGAAGAUCGGUGUAUUCUCCAUCCUGUACACGGUGCCCGCCACCUGCGUCAUCAUAUGCUACUUCUAUGAGCGGCUCAACAUGGACUACUGGAAGUUCCGUGUUCUGGAAAGCAAGUGUGUUUCAUUCCCUGGACGCCGGAAUGAGGACUGCUCCCUGGAGGAGUCGGUGCCCACCGUGGCGGUGUUCAUGCUGAAGAUCUUUAUGUCUCUGGUGGUGGGCAUCACCAGCGGUGUGUGGGUGUGGAGCUCCAAGACCCUGCAGACCUGGCAGGGUCUGUGCAACAGGAAGCUGGCGGUGCGGACUAGCAGGAAGCCCUGUGGCAGCGUCAGCUGCAGCAGCUCCCACUGCCACUAUAAGGCCCCAGCUGUGGUGCUCCACAUGUCCAAAACAGACUCUUACAUAGAGAGCCCAACACACGUCUGACACUUCAAGUGACAUUUCUCAAAGUGUUUUGUAAAGACAAUGCCAAAGGGAAAGGAGGCUAUUUUGUUAUGUGAUAAUUUGAAAAGCUCAGGUUGGACUGCAUCUGAUGUUCGUUGAGUAGCAAUACCUGAAAGUGACAGUGUUUGUGCUGUCGUUUGGGGACAUUAUCCAAAUUGCUUGCAGUUAAACCACACAGUUUGGUGCAAAAGUAGAAUCAGAUAAGCUUCUAAAGGGAACAUUUAUUGUAUAGCAUGCCAUACAAUUGGUUGUUUCUGCUUAACUAACUGAAUAUGAAUGCAAAAGAGAACUGGCAUGGAUGUAUCAAUAUUUGGUUUAUGCUCCCCUCCCUGUAAGUUUAUUUAUUGUGUUGUAUAUUUAAUUGCAAGUUCUUCAUGGUGUUUCAUACGUUUUUGUAUAUUGUAUGUAAGUGCACGUACUAAAGAGUUAGGAGUUAUGAAUAUAGGGCCUGUUGAGAUGUACAAGUGCCUUUUGAAAAUUAAUAUUUUUUUGAAAAAUUGACAUUAAUAAAACAUAUUUAUAUAUUUUCACUGA